AUGGACCUGCCGUUCCCUAUAGACCCUCGCGAGUUCGACAGCGAUGAUCGUAUAUCGUUUUCCAAGCUCGACAAGAAGUUCAUCGCGGUUCAUGACGAUGGCAACGAGUACGAAUUCGACGCCGAUUCUAAGCGAUGGAUUCUUGCAGAUGAAGAGCCAUUGGAACCGCCAGUAACUGAUGCGUAUGAUGAUUUCGCUGAGUUUGCAUCAAACGAAGCUGCAGAGGACGGGUCAAGGAAGCGCAAAAAUGGGUCGGGUCAGGAUUCUGAGACUCCCGAACCAUCCAAACCAUCACGGCCAAACAAGAAGCAAAAAGCACCUCCGCAACCCAAACAAAACACAGCUGUGUAUGUCACCGGUUUACCUCCCGAUACAACUGUCGAGGAAGUACACGAUCUCUUCUCACGAAAGGGCGGUGUUAUUGCGGAGGAAAUUGAUAGCGGUGCGCCGCGAAUCAAGCUUUACAAUGAUGCUGACGGCAACUUCAAGGGCGAUGCUCUGAUUGUCUUCUUCAAGCCCCAAAGCGUCGAGAUGGCCAUCAUGCUUCUUGACGAUACAGAUUUCAGAUUUACUGCGAGCGGCACGCACGAGGGUCGAAUAAAAGUACAAGCUGCCGAUUCGAGCUACAAAAAGGUCAAAUACGACCAAGAACCUGGCGCUGGUGCUGGUGGAGAGAAGAGUAACGGCGCAGCUGAGCGCAAGCCACAGAACAACCGCGACAGGCAAAAGAUUAUUAAGAAAACCCAGAAGCUGGAUGCAAAGCUGGCUGACUGGGAUGAUGAUCUGCCGUACCCGGGACAGCCGGAGGCAGCAACCAAGUGGGACAAGCUUGUGAUUCUUCGGCACAUGUUUACGCUGGAAGAGCUCGAGGAGGACCCUGCUGCUCUGUUGGAGAUCAAGGAAGAUAUCCGAGAAGAAUGCGCCAAGCUGGGAACAGUGACCAACGUUGUGCUGUUUGAUCAAGAGCCUGAAGGCAUUGUCUCGGUCAAGUUCAAAGACACAGUAUCGGCCCACGCAUGCAUCAAUCUUAUGCACGGGAGAAGAUUUGAUGGUCGAACGGUGGAGGCUUUCCUGGCAACAGGAAAGGAAAAGUUCAACAAAUCAAAGGAUGAGGAGAACCAUGAGGACUCGGAUUAG